ACUGUAGCGUUUAACUGAUUAGGAAGUCACUUCACCGUGGACUAGCAAAUCGCGGUACAACAUUACAGUCUGCGGGACUUCAUUUGCGCAAAUGGCGGUUUCCUAUCUGAUUUUGAGCUGGAUUGCUCAAGCGCUCCUGUUUCUGCUCUUUCUGGGUUUCAUUGCGUUUCUUGGUUACUGCCUGUAUAUUAAACACAUUCAUAUGAAAUAUGACCAUAUACCUGGGCCACCGAGAGACAGUUUUAUCUUCGGACAUUCGCCAACGUUUCUGAGGAUGAUGAAAAAAGACGAAAUUAUACACGACGCAUUUCUGGAAUGGGUCGAGAAAUAUGGGCCUGUCUGCAGAAUCAAUGUUCUGCAUUACAUUGUGAUGAUUGUGACCUGUCCAGAGGCAACCAAGGAAAUCCUGAUGUCCCCAAAGUACCCCAAAGACAAAAUGGUCUAUGAGAAACUCUUCAACCUGUUUGGUCAACGGUUCCUAGGUUAUGGCCUGGUAACAGCAUAUGACCAUGAAAAGUGGUAUAAACAGCGCCGGAUCAUGGACCCUGCAUUCAGUAGCUUGUAUUUGAGAGGUCUUAUGGGCACCUUCAACGAGAGGGCAGAGAAACUGAUGAAUAAACUUUCGGAUAUUGCUGAUAACAAAACAGAGGCCAACAUGCUCCAGUUAGUCAACUGUGUUACCCUGGAUGUUAUUGCUAAGGUUGCUUUUGGUGUGGAUUUAGACCUGCUGAAGAAUAGUUCACCUUUCCCUAAAGCCAUUGAGAUAUGUCUGAAAGGGAUGACUCACUAUAUCAGAGACUUUUUUUUUCAGUACAAACCAAAGAAUCGACCAUUCAUUAAUGAAGUGAAGGAAGCAUGCCGCCUGCUGCGAACAACCGGAGCUCAGUGGAUUCAUCAAAGAAAGACAGCCAUGCAAAACGGCGACGACGUCCCCAAGGACAUCCUCACGCAGAUCAUCAAAAGUGCUGGCAAAGAGGAAAGCAUGACGACUCAAGAAGAUGAAGAGUUAAUGUUGGACAAUUUUGUGACAUUUUUCAUUGCCGGGCAGGAAACAACAGCUAAUCAGCUGGCUUUCUGCAUCAUGGAACUUGCAAGACAUCCUGAUAUACUGGAGAAAGUGACGAAGGAGGUGGAUGAUGUCAUUGGGAUGAAACAGGAAAUCAGUUACGACGAUCUGGGACAACUGAUCUACCUCUCACAGGUGCUAAAAGAGACCCUGAGGAUUUACCCGACAGCUCCAGGCACAUCUCGUGAUGUACUGGAAGACAUGGUCAUUGAUGGUAUCCACGUACCCGGAGGAUUCACAUGUAUGUUUAGCUCCUAUGUGACUGGUAGACUGGAUAAAUUCUUCAAGGACCCGCUGAAAUUUGAUCCAGACAGAUUUCACCCAGAUGCUCCGAAGCCUUAUUACUGCUACUACCCCUUUGCCCUCGGUCCACGGGCAUGCCUGGGACAGAACUUUGCUCAGAUGGAGGCUAAAGUGGUGAUGGCCAAGCUGCUCCAGAGGUAUGACUUCAGCCUUUUGCCGGGACAGACCUUUGACAUCCUGGACACUGGCACACUCAGGCCGAAGAGUGGAGUGGUGUGCUCUGUCAGACACAGGAAUUACAAGUAAAUGGUCAUACAGUACCGUAGUAAUCCAGCCUCAGAUAUAAGCCUCUUAGAUGCAGAGUUUUAUUACUUUUUCUGUAAUUCUUUUUAACUUUUGUAGAGAAAUCUGUAUCAACAAUGCUUGUUUUAAUGAUAUACACAAUGUAUUCACAUAUGGUUAUGGUGGUGACUUUUAUUUCCUAACAAUAAUGAGGAAAUGACCAAACUAGGUGGGUUACAAUAUCAUUAGCACUUAAAUCUUGUUGGAACUAACCACUGCUUCUAAACUUGUUUUGUGCCUUUAUGAUUUUUGGGGCUUUUAUUGCCUUUAUUUAGAUAGUAGCAGGUGAAGAGUGACAGGAAGGUGGGAGGCGGAGAGAGGGGAUGACAUGCAGCCAAGGGCCGCCAGUUGGAAUCAAACCCGACUGCGGUGAUAGGGACUCAGCUAUUGCAUAUAGGGCACCCGCUCUACCAGGUGGGCUAUCAGGGUUCCCUGUUCUGUGCCUUUAAUGGUAAUAUAAAAAUGGAUUUAACAUUUUUACACAAAUGAAAAUAAACCACAGAAGAAAAUGAUCAACUGUUUUACGUAUGAUUGUACUGAUACAGAAAUAACUUGUUAUGAUGGCUUUGUUUAAUAAAUGAUAAUUAAUUUAA